AGUGAAUCGGUGGCUGUUGAAAUGUGAGGAGGUUUUCACAUAUACGACGUCUGUUCAAGGUCCAUUUUAGACUAGGGCCGUUAAUUGAUUUUGGCACCGGAACACGCGGAACAAAUUUAUCACCAUUGGGACCAAAACAUACAAUAGAGCUGCUAUGGACAGAAGGAAUGAGUCCACCGCUAUCUUCUACGUCAGACCGUUCUGAUUUACAAAAGUCGGUCACCACGGAAGUAGUUCAAGGGAAGAGAUCUCGAAGUGAUACCAACAACGAACGAAGUGUAUCAUCGCCAACUUCUGGGUCAGAUAGUACUAACGAGCCCUCCCCGGAUCCUUUGUUGAAGAGAAUUCGAACCGAGCAACGCCUCCCCACUCAAAACAUCAGUACAGCAGAAGGGAGUCAUACUCUCAACGGUGUUUCAACUGAAGAAUACCAUACCACACCAUUACGCAUCCCUCCAUAUCACACCAGACCCCUCCCAGGAUCACCCGGCGCGAGCAACCCCACCCCUACCGGCCCCCGCCCACCAAGAGAUAGAGAGACUAUCAAUAGGCUAUCGCUCGAGCUUUCGAAGGUCCGCAGUCAGCUAACCACCUUGAAACAUUGUGAGAAACGGACAUUGGAAGACCUUAUUCGUCUUGGUGCUCCCCAACCGAAGAGUGAAGAAACAUCACCCUCCCAGCAUGAUAUGGAGGCGCGACUAAUACUGCUUGAAAUCGAGUUGCAGCAGGAGAGGACACAACGUCUCCGUGCUGAACGUAUGCUCAGUGAAGUAGAGAGGGAGUGCAGGGUUCCCUUUGUGGUGCCAGCGUUGUUUCAGGCAUUUUGCAGAAUAUCGGAGCUUGGGCACCAUGAACACUGAAAGACAAUUGCGCUGAUCAUUAUCCGAGUUCAGGUCCUAUGAUCUUCGAACAGCCAUCGAAAUCUUUCUAUGUCAUCUUCAAAUCAGACAUUCCUAGUGGGUGAUAAAGUGCAUACAGGUGUUCACCCUGGAUAUUACGAACUAUUUAGGUAUACUAUC